AAAAGAGGUCUCCCCAAAAUAACCGUGUUUUUAUGGCACCCGGCUUUUACAUAUUUUCGCGUCAGAUGGAGGCUAUUGUUUAAAUAUACUAAACCAUCUGUUAAUUUCAUAAAUGGGUAUUUCUUCACAGGUAAAAAUUUCCUUGUUGAAAUAAAGACAGGACUGCCUUGGGAUAACGAUUUUCUUUUUGUGUCAAAUAACAAUUAUCAAUCCACCAGAAGAGAUAUAGAGCUUAAGGUGCUUAAUGUGUACGAAGACGAUAAAGACUUUCGUGGAGCGUUCUUUAGUAAAUUCAGUUCUUCAAAGGAGCCUGAAGGAGUGAAAGCUUACUUUAUCUUGCGAUUCAGAGCUGCAGACACAUUCCUCGGAAAAUUGCUGGAUAAACUUGGAGAGGGAAAGAUUGCUGCGGCAGGUUGCUACGAAGAUGUCACUCAAUGUCCCAGCAACUGUCCAUCAACCUGUGUUCCCCUGUGUCUAGCUUCCUGUUGCCAGCCUUUUUAUCAGCCUGUGCCGGCACCCAUGCCUGCUACACCACCUCAACCGGUAACAGCAGUCGUUCCAAGCCCUCAGGUCUACCAACCACCAGCACAACAGUGGAAUAAUCAAUUCCCCGUCCAAGCCACAAACCCCCCUGCACCAGCUGCCUCUUCUCAGUUUCCAAUGUCUCAGCCCAUGAGUUGGCCUGGUUCCCAGUGCGCCUCGGGUUGCUCUCCUAAUUGUGAGCCAAGUUGCUCACCGACAUGUUGCCGAUUUUUCAACUCAAAGCGGACAAAAACAAAUAUUAAAUCAAUUCUGAAGAAAAAGCCUCUGGAAGAGGAAAAACAUUCUGCACUUGUAAUGACCGGUUAUAAUAUACCUUUUUUCAGUUCUUCAAAGGAGCCUGAAGGAGUGAAAGCUUACUUUAUCUUGCGAUUCAGAGCUGCAGACACAUUCCUCGGAAAAUUGCUGGAUAAACUUGGAGAGGGAAAGAUUGCUGCGGCAGGUUGCUACGAAGAUGUCACUCAAUGUCCCAGCAACUGUCCAUCAACCUGUGUUCCCCUGUGUCUAGCUUCCUGUUGCCAGCCUUUUUAUCAGCCUGUGCCGGCACCCAUGCCUGCUACACCACCUCAACCGGUAACAGCAGUCGUUCCAAGCCCUCAGGUCUACCAACCACCAGCACAACAGUGGAAUAAUCAAUUCCCCGUCCAAGCCACAAACCCCCCUGCACCAGCUGCCUCUUCUCAGUUUCCAAUGUCUCAGCCCAUGAGUUGGCCUGGUUCCCAGUGCGCCUCGGGUUGCUCUCCUAAUUGUGAGCCAAGUUGCUCACCGACAUGUUGCCGAUUUUUCAACUCAAAGCGGACAAAAACAAAUAUUAAAUCAAUUCUGAAGAAAAAGCCUCUGGAAGAGGAAAAACAUUAACUGGACAAGAAAUCAUAAGAAACUUGACUGAACACGUACCUUCCGGCGAAAUGCAGGCCUCAUAAAACGAAGCAAAGGAAUAGUAGAAAGGGAUUUCAAGUAGGAUUUUAAACUAUGUAUUAUUCCAAAGGUCAAUGCAUUCUUAUCGGCUCAAGCUCGAGUUGACGCCGUCCGUCAAAUCUCUUUUACCUAACUCGAGGCAAGUUUUUGUUCUUUCCGUUUAUUAUAACUUCGCAACCUGAUGAUUUCUUGAAAGAUUGUUAAAUACUUCUUAAGGAUAAUGUAGAAACUUUUAAGUGUAAAACCAGCCUUGGCAAGAUAAAUAUAAUGCUUAUGUAAUAUUUCAAGGCAUGGAACUCUAGGUAAUGUCUAUAAUUGAAAGAUUUGCCACUUCUGAC